AAAUGGGCGGGGCCUACUCCAAUAAAUGAACACCUUGUGUUGACCGAGCUAGCCAUAGGAUGACGGUGCUGGGACUGUCGAUCUCGCUUUUGGCGGCCUUCCUUGUCCCAUUGGAGAGAGCGGAGGCAGUUGAGUGUGAUGACGUGAAGGUGAUGGUGCAGAACGCGUGUCGAGACGAACUUGGAAUCGGACAGUAUUACUGCCACCAGCCAACCAUCGACACUCGGACACAGAGCGAGGCUGGUUGUAGAUCGAACGGGAGAGUGGAUGUGCCGUGUUUUGCAGCCCCCAACGUCACCUGCGGCGGCGUAACGUUCAACGGGAUAGAGUGUAGCUUCACUGAAGAGCGAUCGUGCAGAUAUGUGAAGUUGUGUGGCGGUGUCCCGUGCUACAACUAUCGUGUUGCAGUCGCACUCUCUCUUUUCCUCGGAAUGCUUGGCAUCGACAGGUUCUACCUCGGCUACCCAGCCAUUGGUCUGGCCAAGCUGUGUACCCUAGGGUUCAUGUUCAUCGGUCAUCUGGUGGAUUUCCUACUCAUCCUGGUCCAGGCAGUGGGUCCGGCAGACCGCAGCAGUUACUUCAAUCCCUACUACGGUCCUGUCCACUACAGCAUCAACUCCACUGACCCCUUCCUACCUGCUUCUGAUCAGUGUGCAUAGCUAGCUAUAACCGAUAUACCUCUCUUGUUUGUCUCUCUGUCACUAGAUCUAAUUUGUCUUUUUAUCCUGCUCGUAACAAUUUUAAUCAGAGGCUAAGCUACAUACAUUUGCUGCCCAAACCCUG